AUGGAAUGCCCGGAUCCAGAGCCAAUGGACGCCGCCGCCAGCUGGGAACAAACCCAGCCGCCGGACGACUGUUUAGACAACUCGUGGUCGGAAGGAACGGAAUCAACGAAAUCAACGGAAUCAACGGAAUCAACGGAAUCAACGGAAUCAACGAAAUCAACGAAAUCAACGGAAUCAACGGAAUCAACGGAAUCAACGGAUUCAACGGAAUCAGCGGAAUCAACGGAAUCAACGGAAUCAACGGAAUCAACGGAAUCAACGGAAUCAACGGAAUCAACGGAAUCAACGGAAUCAACGGAAUCAACGGAAUCAACGGAAUCAACGGAAUCAACGGAAUCAGCGGAAUCAACGGAAUCAACGGAAUCAACGGAAUCAAUAAAAUCAACGGAAUCAACGGAAUCAACGGAAUCAGCGGAAUCAGUGGGAAUCAACGGAAUCAACGGAAUCAACGGAAUCAACGGAAUCAACGGAAUCAACGGAAUCAACGGAAUCAACGGAAUCAACGGAAUUAACGGAAUCAACAGAAUCAACGGAAUCAAUGCAAUCAACGGAAUCAACGGAAUCAGCGGAAUCAACGGAAUAAACGGAAUCCACGGAAUCAACAGAAUCAAUGUAAUCAACGGAAUCAACGGAAUCAACGGAAUCAACGGAAUCAACGGAAUCAACGGAAUCAACGGAAUCAACGUAAUCAAUGGAAUCAACGGAAUCAACGGAAUCAACGGAAUCAACGGAAUCAACGGAAUCAACGGAAUCAACGGAAUCAGCGGAAUCAACGGAAGAAACGGAAUCCACGGAAUCAACGGAAUCAAUGUAAUCAACGGAAUCAACGGAAUCAACGGAAUCAACGGAAUCAACUGA